AUGCUUUUAGGCAAUGUGACAACUGUAAAGUUUGAUCCUGGUCCCAGACAUGGUCACACGGUCAGUCUAGUGGGGCCAAACCCCUCCAAACCCAAAAUUUCCUCAUCGCCAUCACAACGUCGCGGCAAGACGUGUUCCAACCAAACCAACAACGAAUAUCCUACUCCGGAUCGCCUUAUUUUGUUUGAGACAAUGGAAAUCCCUGAACCAGUGCUUCUGGACGACGACAGCAAGGCAGAGCUGGAAGAACUUGUCAAAAUUCCCGAAUAUGAAAUACGAAGGAGACCCCACACAGCACUCUCAAUCGUGACAAUGAAUGUGAAUCCUGCACAUGUCCAGAAAAUUGGAAAGCAUCUAAAACUGGAGGCUCCGCGGUACAUUAAGCUCUAUCGACGCGACAAUGAGGGCUUCAUAGGCACUGGACCGGUGAUCGCCAUACGAGUUCCACUUGAUGACGGCCGACGAGUGGACAUUGCGAGGGACCAGGAGUUACCAAGGAGUGAAUUGAAAUUCGGCUAUGCGUAUAAACUACCAUGGGCGCCUUGGGUUUCUGAUGCGGUUUACCUACUUUGCUUCCGAUGAAUGCAGGUCUCCGAGUACUCUUGUCAAUUCAAAGCUUGUGAUAUAGUCUAGGAGAUCAUGUUAUGCAAAUAGUUCAACUGAGCUGUCAGCCUGCCUAAACACAGGAAUAUAUUCCUCCAAACCUUCGAGAUCCCAUACCUCCAUGUCUUCGCAGUGAGGACCCAAGGGCAAGCUUCUAACAUCAGUCAACAUGCCUAACAAAGGGUCAUCUGUUCCGCCCAGCCCAUCUUGUUCCACGGUUUGCAUCAAUGAAGCGGCGGUCGGUUGUGGUGGAAGCGAUCGUGGAUGUUGUUCUGCCGCUGUGGAGUUAUGGUAGUCACUAAAUUGCGUAGCUGCCGAAGUUGUAGCUUGACUUCGAUGGUUUGGAUGUUGUUGUCGGCGAUGUCGGAGAAGGUUUGAACGGUUUGUGAAGUUCUUAUUGCAUAUUUGGCAGACUUCAUAGUGCUGCUUUUUGGUAUGAUCUUUAAGGUCAUCCUUUGUUUGAAAUACUUCGUCACAUUGCAUGCAAAGGCGUCCUCCGUGCAUGUCCAGAUAGUGCUGAUGCAUUCCCUUUGCCUUGAGUACCUGGUUACAGCUCUUGCAAUUUUGUUUCUUCGGACGAUUGCGACGACUGUGAAGAUUUCGCUGGGGUUGUUUGCUGCGUCUGAUGAUUGACUUUCCCUGGGCAGCUGCUGUCUGUUGUAUCUCAUCAGCGUCAUGUGUGCCAUUCGCGUCAUCUUUGUUGUCUGUCUCAAGCGUGUCGACCGUCUCUAGGUUUGCAUUGUGCAUCCUGCCAUCUGGUUCUCCGACAGAGCUUGCCAGCCGAGAGAUAACCCCCAUGAUCUCGGAGGCAUCGCUGUGUCCGCCCAUCACAAUUGGAUUCCUCCGGGCGGCUGUUGUCUGCUGCGUCUCAAUGUCGUUAGUGUUGUGUGUACCGUGCGAGUUGUUGAUCUCAUGCGUAUCGGGCAUUUCUUGAUUUAUGCCGUGUUCAGCGUCGUGCUUGUGAGUGUUAUGCGCGUUGUCUGCCUCAUAUGUAUCGAGCGUCUUCAAUUCACCAUGAGAGCUUGCUUGCCGAGAGACAACUCCCAUGAGCUUGGAGAAAUCCCGCUGCAGCUUAGAAAAAGCCUGCUCUUGUCCAGAGACUUUGUGGGUAAGGCAAACAUACUCAUUAUACUGUCGCAUGAGAAGGUAUGAACAGGUACCAUGGUCCGGAUUAUUGACUUGCUCCAUUGUGAAAGCUAGUUUGACAGAUUGAGAAUUCCAAAACGAUAGAUAAAUGAUCCUAAAAGAAAGUGUUUGGGGCUGCGACAACAAAUAGCUUAAGAAGUUGGAACUUCAUAGCCGGCUAAGCCAAAUUGGAUAGUUGUACCCACUUCCCCAUCCCGUCACGCGCCCCCACACGCUAAUGCACCACCUUCACAUCGCUAUGCACCUCGACAAAAUCGAACCCGAGGGUCCGAGAGAUAUCAAUUUGGAUCCCCAAGCGCUGUCGCUGUGUAAAACAAACAAUGGUGCCCUCGUACACCUCAUCGCGAUAAAUAGAGUCUCGGUGCUGGGGA